AUGGAAGAUAAGGGUACAGAGAAGGAGAUGAACAAAAAUUUCGGAAGUGAAGUUAAACUACAAGAUAUAUUUGAGUUGAUAUCUGGUAUGAGCAAGAAGAUGGACAAGUUGGAUAUCAUCCAAGAAAAUAUGGAAAAUAUACAGACGGAAUUGAAAGAAGUAAGAAAAUCUAUUGAAUACGCUCAUAGCAAAAUAGACGAUUUGAAGAAGGAAAAUGAGAAAAAAGCGCAAGUUCAGAGAGAAACAACCGAAUGCAUCAACAAACUUGAAGCUGACAACAUAACAUUGAACAGCGUCAUUGACCUUAAAAUGAGGUCAAUGUGCAACAAUCUGCUGUUUUACAACAUGCCUGAAGAAAGCGAUGAAAACACCACAGCAAUGAUUCACAAGCUGUUGGAAGAAAAGCUUGGGUUUCGAGAAUGCUGAAAUACUAGCCCAAUGCUCUUCCAACUGACCGUGUAGCUCAGUUGGAAGAGCAUUGGGCUAGUAUUCCAAAGGUCGUAGGUUCGAAUCCCACCAUGGCCAGGCAUAUAUUUCAAGCUCACCUGGUGUGGAUAUACACUCAGAGUAACACCACAAAUAUCAUAUUCACCUGAGUACACUACACCAACACAGAAAAAAUUCAUAUUACUAGAAUACAUUGGUAUCGAAGGAACUAGAUUCUGUUCCGAAAUACCACUUACUCGAACCGUCCUGACCACGUAGCUCAGUUGGAAGGGCAUUGGGCUAGUAUUCCAAAGGUCGUAGGUUCGAAUCCCACCGUGGCCGGGCAUAUAUUUCAAGCUCACCCGGUGUGGAUAUACACUCAGAGUAACACCACAAAUAUCAUAUUCACCUGAGUACACUACACCAACACAGAAAAAAUUCAUAUUACUAGAAUACAUUGGUAUCGAAGGAACUAGAUUCUGUUCCGAAAUAUCACUUACUCGAACCGUCCUGACCGUGUAGCUCAGUUGGAAGAGCAUUGGGCUAGUAUUCCAAAGGUCGUAGGUUCGAAUCCCACCGUGGCCGGGCAUAUAUUUCAAGCUCGCCCGGUGUGGAUAUACACUCAGAGUAACACCACAAAUAUCAAAAGGAUUAAACUUAAUACAAUAAUAUUGAUAAAUGGACAACCAAUAAAACAAGUUAAAAAUACAACUUUCCUUGGUGUUGUUAUUGAUGAACACUUAACACGGAAUGAUCAUAUUGAUUUAAUUAUGAAAAAAGUUAUAAAAUCUAUAGGAAUAAUAUCCAAAAUUCGACAUUUCACAAAUUUUAAUACUCUUAAACUAGUCCAUUAUGCUUUAGUUUAUCCUUAUUUAAUAUACGGAAAUUUGAUUUGGGGAAACACGACUACAAAAAUUAAUAAACAUUCAAAAGAAAAUAAUACGAUUAAUGAUGUUCAAGUCAUUUUCUGAGCAUUCUGAACCACUAUUCAAUGAAGCAAAGAUUCUUAACAUUGAAAAAAUUAAUGAUUUUCUGAUCAGUUUAUUCAUGUUUCGAUAUCACUACUUGGAUAAUUUACCAAAAUACUUUACCAAUUACUAUGUUACUAACAACAAAAUACAUGAACACAAUACAAGAAAUGCAUCCAAACUUCAUAAAUCAUACUCCAGAACUAAUUUUGUCAAACAUUCACUUCAAAAUAAGGGUGUAAAUAUCUGGAAGAGUUAAAUACUGACUUAAAUUCAAAAACCACUUCUUGAUGUUGCAUUCGGAAACAUAGAUUUUAUUAUAUGUAUGUUUGUCAUUAUUUGAAACAUCAUAAAAAUUCUUCAAUCUCAUCUUUUUUUUCUAUUAAACUUACUUUAAGUUCUGACCAAUCAGUGUAAAUAAUUAAAUACUUUUAACCUAGGGGUCUUAAUCAAAAGCCUUUGUUUGGUUUCUAGUAGACCUCUAGCCCUACUUCUGUAAUUCUAUAUUCUAUAUAUACAUAUAUAUAUAUAUAUAUUUUGUAUGUAUGGGCGAAAACUUUAAAAAUAAAAAAAAAAUAAAAAAUAAAUAAACAUUCUUUUGACUUUAUAGACUACUAUUGCAUAUUAUGGCUGUUUUAGGUUGUGUAUAGUGGUUUUCUUACAUGUUUGUUUCACCCUUGCAAACUUGUGUGUCAUUAAAAUUUACAGAUAAAAAUUUCAAACAACUAAUUUUUUUUGAUUGAGCAUGCAUACCUACCAUACAUUGUUACCUACCAUACAUUGUUACCCAGUGAAACUGACAAUAGCCGAUUUAAUUCGCGCGUAAAGCAUAUGCUCACAGAAUCAGUUCAGCCAUAUAAUAAACCGAUUAUUGACCUCUCUUGUUCAGUCUGUACUGUGAAAUACCAGACUGCUCGCUCCUUCGUCGCUUGGUCCAUACUAAAAAACCUUGGUCUAAUAUAUCACAGUACAGAACCUCAUGCUCGGUCAAUAAGCCGUUAAUAUAUCAUUGCAACAUUUGAACUUUGAUAUAUAAAGCUCGCUAUUGUGCGUUUAUGUCUGAAUUAUUUAACGUUGAUUUGUGAUUCUUCUUUACUGUCCCAUACACAGAAAAAAAAUUUGAAAUACAUAUAAAUAACCUGGCAUAUGGCUGGUUCAAACUUUUGUUGGUGGUGAUGUUUAAGUGUGAUAUAUUUCUCUUCUCAAUCUCAAUUUAUUAUGUCGGUAAACUUCUGCAAGAUCACACCAACUUUAAAAUCUAUAAAUAAACUAAUUAUAAUAUGAAUAAUGUCAAUACAUAUAAAUAUGUUUAAAAGGUCCCAAGUUAGCUAAAAUACAAUAUAAUUAAAAAUUACUACUUAGUUUUGUUUUGAAUACACCUAAUGAACUUGAGAGGACUAUUUCAGGUGGUAGCUUAUUCCAUUCUCUGAUAGUUCUUGAGUAAUAUGAAUAUUUAAAAACGUCCUUGCCUAGUUAAAUUGCCUUAGGGAUCUGAUAUUUCAAUGGGUGGCUGCUGCGUGUUCUUGAUUCUGAGUGUAAUUUCAAAUACUGAUCGAUGUUAAAACCUACAAGGGUAUGACUUAUCUCAGGGCUCGAAAUAAUGGCCGAUCAAUGAUUGGCAGGAAUUGCUUUUGAUCGGCAGAUAAGCAAGAUUGUCGAUCAUCUUGAUUGGCAAUAACCAUCUGAAAAACAUGGUUAAUGUUGUUAAUGAACACCGUGCAAUACUAUGGCAUUAUCACAGAACAUAUAAAUAGAAUGUAUCCUAUACUGAUUGGCCAUAUUUUCAUUUGAUCAGCAGAAAAUCAUGACUGCUUAUCAGCAUGAGUUUUACCAUUGUUUUGUAAACAGUUGCCCUAACAUGUUUUGGACAAUUGUGCCAUUCCAAGGAAUUUACUGGCUUUACUUGCUGUAUUUGAGACAUGCUCUGCGAACUUCCUUUUGUUAUUUUUAGGGUGCCUAGGUAAGCGACCAACUCGACUUGCUCCAACUCUGUGUUACAGAAAGAAUAUUUCCUUUGUGGAGGGUCUUUUUUGUUGAUAUACAUAACACUUUACAUUUUCCUGGAUUGAACUUCAUUUGCCAUUUCUCUUGCCAGGUUUCCAACUUGCUAAGAUCGUCCUGUAAUUAAUCAUUGUUCGAGCUUCCCGAAUUCAGCGCAUUUGGCAAAUCGUUGGCAGUUCCUUGUGGGACGCCUGGGGUAACUAAUGUUGGUUUGGCUGCUUCCCCCUUCACAAACAACUGUCUGAUAACAAUCUGUGAGAAAGGAUUCAAGCCAAUUAUUCAGGGGGCCCUUGUAUUCCGUAACUUUGUACUUUUCUCAACAGGUGUUGAUGUGGGACUUUGUCGAACGCUUUUUCAAAGUCCAGAAUGACAGCAUGUACAGUGGUAUCAUUGUUAAUAGCAUUUGAAAUAUUGUGGAUAGUACCAAUCAAUUGAGUUACAGUCGACCUUUUGGCCCUAAAACUGUGCUGUAAAUCUGUUAAGAUGUUAUAUCGGUCGAAAUAAUUCAUAUAUAGCUAUGAACAAUAGGUCCGAGCACCUAGCUAGCGAUACAUAUCAACUAAAUUGGCCUAUCGUUCUUAGGGUCGGAUUUAGAGCCUUUCUUCAAAAUAGCCGUGACAUUUGCAUUUUCCAUUUCUUUGGUACAAUGCCACUGUCUAUAGACUCCUAGAAUAUCUUCGUAAAUGUUGGAGUAAUUUCGUUUUCAUAUUCCUUCAUAAACCACAGGGGAAUUUCAUCUGGCCCAGGUGCUUUAUCGGGUUUUAACACAGAUAGUUUGACAACAACCCCUUGGGUAGAAAUAGUUGGGGGAUUAAUACUACGAUUUGAAUGUUCAGGUAUACGUUCUGAGUCUGCUUUCUUUCGAAAAGACACUUUCAGUUUAACGUUUGGUUUCCUUCUACAGCAUCAGUCUAUAGAAAAAACACAAUAUCAUGGUUGCUUAUACCGGGAUUACUUCAAUGCCACUAAUAGUAUUUCUAUUGUUAUAGCUAAGACAAGGUCUAAAAUACUUUGUGUUUGA